AUGCUUACAGCGAACAUCCCAAUCCUGCCUCCCGGGGUCUUGAUUCUGACGAAACUCAAACGAUGCGUAUACUUUAUCGGCAGCACCCGACCGAGUUCGGUCAUGAGGUUUCACAUGGAUGAGCUUGAUAUCAAAUACCUGCUCAAAUGGCUGGCGGAAUGCGAUGAAACUGUGGAUUUUAAGGGUUACUUCUCACCCGACGUGAACGAAUUGUAUUCUGCGACCAAGAAGGUGUUGAAGCAUUGGGAGGGAGUUGGUCAAGACGAAUGGGUUCGGCUCAUGUAUGCGGUCAUGAACCAGGAGGAUCGCGACAGGAUGUUGGGGGAUUAA